AUGUCUCGGUACUAUCGUUAUUGCUGUACCUCCGUAAUCGUGAUUGCCCUUGUGAUAGAAUCUCAGACAGUUUCAGUGCGGCCUGACGCGAAUGACGAUGAACCCAUGAAACCGUCUCCCGUCGACGGGAAUCAACAGGCGGUCAAUGAAAAUUCAAAGAUAAUACUGGACCGGAGCGUCGCCGAUAGCGCAAACACUAGUAAAAAUAAACGGGAGGAUAACGAUGGCGAUAAGAGUGAUGUGAAAUUCGGGAACAGCGUCGAUCAGAGGGAGAAGGAGAUACGGAAGUUCUCGGGGGCUUAUGGUGAUAUCAAUAAAUUUCCGCACUGCUGUGGAGCUAGAUUCGAAGUGUCCGGUCGUCCAUCCGAAUCCGGUCAGCAAAUCCCACCGAGGCCAUCCGACAGUGAUCGCUACCCAAGUCGCUUCGGAAAUCGACCGGACGAUCGGUACGGUUGGCAGAGCACACCUGGACGACCCACUGGGGCCUCGACGCCCGGCGGAAGUCUCUACGGCAGCCAAGGAAGUCCACCCAACAGGUUAUUACUGAUAUUUAAUGUAACAGUGGAGUGAUAACGGGAUAAGUAUGGCUGGCGUCCACCCUACGGCUCCGGUUCAGACUCGGAUUAUGGGAGACCCCCGGGUAGCCGACCACCAUCCAACCGACCGGGAUACAACUACGGAGACAGUGGGGCCUACGGCAGCAGUGGAUUUGAAACGAGUCGCCCAGGAGUUCACUUCGUCUCGGGAUCGCGACCUGGAAGUGGUUACGGAAUUCAUGGAACCAUAGGCGAACAGGAUGAGUUCCCCGGGGAUGCCGGGGCAGCGGAUGCUCCACCGCCCAUGCCGCCCAACAUUCACACGCAGAAAGCAGUUGCACUGAAGGCUCUGGCAGGAGUUGCACUCCUCGGUGCAGCGGCAGCCCUCGCUGCCAACCCCGUUCUCCUGCCAGUGGGAAUUCUCGCUGGUCGAAGAAGACGAGCAGUCGAGGGCACAUUUCCCUCUGACGAUCUGCAAUUCCUGAAUGGAUUCCUCAAGGAUCACGUCCCUGGGAUCGACGGAGAAGCCACCAGUGAGGCGUUCUGGAAGGAGCCCAAGUGCAUCGCUCGACUGACUUGCGAACUUCAACAGCACUACCUCAGGACCAUGAAAAAUGAUGCAUCAUUGGUGCAGAAGGCGCACAUCCUGAAACGACGACUCGAAGAGCAGAUGCAACAGCUCAUAAAAAGUGAAAUUUUCAGUGUAGAAGGUAUCAGCCGCAGCCUCCAGCACCUUCUAAAAAUCCCCAGCAACAAUAAUCCCACUGAGAACAGCUGUAAUAUUCUCAACUGUAAUUUAUAUGUACCAUAAUCAAAAUAUCAAUAACCUAUCGAAAUGUAUCAUAAACGAAAUGAUGAGAAUCAUCAUCAUCAUAACUAGACAAAAAUGCGUAUGAAAAAAAACAUAAAAUUUAUGAUUAUAAUC